ACACAGCCCGCUGUGAUUUGGGCACGAACAUGACAUCGACUUGAAAGUUUCUUAUUAUUUGUUAUUUGAAAGCGGUGUCUAGCGUGCAUGAAGGGUCUGCAAUAUGAAUCCUCUCUUAAAUGAAAUACAACGCAUUAUCACGGAUCUACGCGCCGAGAAGCCAACCACUCGCAAUAAGGCAGUCGAGCAGUUGGACCAAAAGCUUAACAGCUCCAGAGAUGCCGUAAAUGCGGCGCUGGGCAAAUGCCAGGAAUUGUCCUGGCAGACCAUCUUUGACGCCGCCAAGGAUUCAAUUUUCAAACACGCUGCCAAUCUGCAAGAUGCCAACGAAAAGUCGUUCAAGACGUUGUCGGAUAAAUGUUAUCUAUACGGCAAUGUAAUGGACAAGAUCAUUGACUACAACUUGGAGAUGGGCCGUGGCGGCAACGGGCAUUUUCUGCUCAAGUCAAGCAUAUUCAAUGCCUUCGAAGAGGGCAUCAAGCAGCGUAUUGUGGUCAGGCAUUUUGGGGAUCAUUUCAUUAAUAUGCUGGACAGAGGCAUCUUUCUAUCGCAAAGCUACAUUGCCCAGCUGAAAGUCAGCGAAUAUAGCCGCAUUCUGUCCUAUCUGUUCGAACUGAAUGUUGAUAAGGACGAGUUCCUGCGCUCCAAGAUAUUGAAAUGCAUAACCAAGACGCUGCAAUCAGCUCAGCAGCGUGUGCAGCUGCAUGCCGAUCUAGUUGACUAUCUGCCCACGCUUAGCAGCUAUACGCAGACGGCCAGCAGUUCGGAAAGGAAAACGGAAAUUGUGCGCCUCUAUCAGAUAUUUGUGGCCGAGCUGUCGGUCAACUAUCAUCAUAAGCUAUGCAUGCACAUGCAGGAGAUAAUGCCAAAGCUGUGCGAUUUUCACAACGACGAUUCAUUCCGCGAUGACACCAAAAGGAUAUUCUUUGAGUGCGUCAUAUUGUCGCUACAGACGCUAUAUCCAAAGUUAAAGCAACACGACUUUGGCACAUUCCAAGUGCCACUCAACGAGGACUGGCCGCAAACGAUGCAACAAUUGCGCACCAUUGUUAACAUGGAGAUUAGAAAGAAUUGCAUGGGCCGCGGCAAAGAGUCGGUACUGAAUAGCGAUAAAUUUUCAGAUACAUUUAUUCGAAUGGCUGCUCUGGUCGUUUUUAUAGUUCAAUGGCAUAUUGAGCCGAGAGGCGCCGAAAUUGGAAUCGAGGUGCCCAGCAAACGUCCCAGGGUCGAUAAAUUGGAAGUCAUCAUCGAACUAAUUGAUAAACAGGAAACUAGCUUUAAUGCGAUUUGGUUCGCCAUAUUCGCAGAGCUGCUGCAGCUGAGCAAUACAAUUAUAAACGUGGCCAACUAUCAGCAAUCGCUGCUGGCCACGCUGGAUGUGCUGCUUAUCUAUGGCAAUGGCAAAAAUCUGCAUAACGUGCGCCUCUGCCUGACGAGCAUGCUCGAUAAGGAGCGGGAGCUGUUGCAAACGAAAUCCAUACCCGCUGACUUUAUGGCCGAUCAGUGGUCAAAAAUUGCCACACAUCUUAUAUCUGAGACACGACCCGCUGCCGAUGAGAUUUUGGAAAAGCAAAUCAUACUCCAGACGCUUAUCAAACACGGCAAACUGAGCCCAACGCUGUGCGCCACACUGUUGCAGAGCAUUACAACAAAUGAGAUGCUCAGACGCAACGAGUGCAUCGAAACUAUGCGCGAGAUAUUCAUACAUGCCGAACAAUGCGGCCUGGACAAGGCCUCCGGCGAUCUGGAGCCCAUUAUUAAGUGGGCCUAUGCAAGCGAGACGAGCAGUGCGCUUCAAAUGAUAUAUUAUAUUGCUGCAAUUGAUACGCAAUUGCUUGCCGAUACGUUUGCUAUUGGCAUCAUUAAUUUCCUGGACGAACAGCAAUUGCAGCAACUGUGCAGCAGCCAAGCUGCAAGUGCCACAACAGCCAGUUACAAUCUGCAGCUGCUGCUCUACAAGUACAACAAGCAGCUGGUCUGCUUGGAUGAAACGUUUCAGGCGCAACUGCUGCGCUCGGGCGGCAUGCAGCACACUGACACCGAUCCGGGCGCCAAGAACUGUCUGUUUCAGCAGAACUAUGAGCUGCUUAUGCGCAUGCUGAAUUUAACGCCCAGCAGCGAGCACACGACCACUUCCAUGCUCAAGGAUCUGAGGUGUCUGCAUAAGCUGGUCUGCACCAUGGAGCGUCUGUUGCACUACAAAGUCUUCGAUGCUGAGAACCUGACCCACUGUCCGCUUAUAAAGCGCAUUGGCCUGUUUCUCAGUCACAUUGAGUUUCAGUACAAGGCCAACCAGUCGGAAAUUAGCCGCAUUGACGACAGCGAUUUGCGUGAUAUUCUGCAGCAGCAAAUUGUCGUGCUGGAUGUCUUCAAUUCAAAUGAUAUACUAUUGCAGUAUCUAGAGAAGCAGCCGAUCGAGAUGCUGCUCGAAUUUAUAGGCGUGCUGCUUAAUCAGAUAUGUACUCGCAAGGAUAUCGCAGAUAGCAUAGAACAUGCAACAUUGACCUCGAAUUGCCUUCAUAUCCUGGGUAGCCUGUGUGCAAAUAGUUCCUAUAACGUGGAAGCAUUUCGUCAUAUAGCCAAAAAUUUGAAGAUUCCUUCCACGCAGCAGCAUGUGCUGUUGGUCAUCAGGAUGCUGUGCAAAUGCAAAAGCCUAUCGCAGGAGUGCAUUGUUUGGCUGGUGGAGAAACUAAAAAUCAUUUUUCUAUAUCACCAUACAAACGUUGAUUACAUUACCGAGGUGGUCGAACAUCUGCCCACUGUCAUUUACUUUGUAUACAAAUCUGAGAAUCAGCUGGACGAUAUGCUGUCGGCUUUAAUAUCGCUAAUGCGGAUUGCUUUAAGGAAGGCCUAUCCAGCAGCAUUGUCGGUCAAGAUAGUGCUAUCCGUCGGACUGAUAGCCCAGCGCUGUCCCAAUAUCUAUGAUUUGCCCAAUUUUCAUGUGAUUUGCUUCUCGGUGGCAAAGUUUCUGACAAUGCCAACGCUGGAAAUCCGUUUUGCAACAGUCGCAACGCUCACACAGCUGCUGAAUACCAAUUAUUGUGUAUCUGAUAAAGAUGGAGACACGGUCAGCAAAUGUGCCAGCCAUUUGGUAUUCUGCGAGCAGCUCUACGGCAACAUCGACUGGAAGAAGCUAACGUUCAUCAGCGAGGAUCUGGUGCAGAAUAAUCAUGCGGUGGCAAUUCAAUCGUUUAUUGCAUUCUUUGCCUUCAGCACAUUUCAUCAGGAGGUUGCAGUUCAGGAUUUGUUGCCGUACUGUGCGCUGCACAAGCUGAACGAAAAUGCAUUCUGCGCCCUGGAGAGCUUUGUGCAUCGCCACAAGAGCACCAUGCGUCAGCUAUUGACACCAUAUGCGGAUUGCCUGCUGCACAAAUGGCAUUCGCUGCGCUGGGCCGUAUCCAAAUUUCCAUAUUUUCUAUGCUAUGAUACCAGGGAAGAGUUUAUAAGAGCACAUUCUAAGAGCAUAAUGGCCUAUACAUUCAUCUAUGGCAAGCCGGACGAUAUUAUCCGCUAUAAGAAGUUUAUAAACGAACGGGACGCGAUGCCAAUACUUAAAGCCUUUAUGGUUGCGGACUUGUGCGAUUGCACUGAAUCGGAAGGUGUCGAGUUCCGGGCUCAUCACGAAAAUCUGAAACAGAAUCUAGAGCAUUUUCAAUUGAAACCGAUGGAUCUGGCGCUCAAUGCGACAACGCUAUAUCAAAGCAUCAGGAUGCUGCUUGACAAGGAUGAACUCGCCAGACUGUUUGGCGGCGCGGUGCCGAGCAUUAGUAACCCACUCUGGUUUCAUCUAACGGCCAAAUCGCUCUUCAUGUCGCUGUACAAGCUUGUGAAGGACCACGAUGUGCCAGAGGAUGAUCGUAUACAGAGCAUGUCUGCGCUGAUGUGUGAGCAGCCACUCAUUUUGGUGAGUCUGCUUGGCACAUUGAAGAGCGAUUGCUAUCGGGCCGUGCUGCCCAGUCAUGUGUUGCAUUGCUUCUUUUUGUAUUGUACGAUUGGCGAUGCAAUACUGGACACGGCCAAGGCAUUGGAAUCAGCGCCGUCCACGGACGCAAAUUUGAUCGAAGUCAAUUGUGGCUAUUUUGUGCGAGACGUUUGGUUCUUUGUUUGCCGUUUUCUCCUGCACAGCAGAUGUGGACAAUUGCACAUUGCUGCUAUGGAAUACAUUGAAGUGAUGCUGGCUAAGCGCAGUUUUCUGUCGCAUAAUCUUACCGCACACAUGGAUGAGAUAGGCAAGCUAUUGAUUGCCUGUGUGCAUCACGUGGAAUCAAAUCAUCUGAAGAUAAGAAUUGCUCAACAAGUUGAAUCAUACAUCAGCAUGUACAGAGUGCAGCUAAAAGUCCAAUCGCUGCUGGACGAGGCCGGCGAUUGCAAAUAUUUACAGUCGCUGCGUUCCAUGUUUGAGACAACAUUGCCAAAAGUCAGCAGAGUCAGCGUCGUCGACUAUAUACGCGCUUUCCUGAAGCCUAACCGACUGGAACGCUUGCAUGGUCUGCGCGAAUACAUUGCCGAGCACAAGGAAGAGCUACAGAAUCAUGAACAGCUACUGUUCGAACUAAUCAGCCGGCUAAUUCGCAUGGUGCGAGAGUCGGGCAAGCGGGACAACAGCCUCGAUGCCGUCAAAUGUCUGGCUGAGAUUGGGCCGCUCAAAAUGAAUCAUAUCUCGUAUUACUUUCAAACCGACUUCGAGUCCAUACAGCAGUCCUCGGAGCAUCCAAUGGACCAGUUCAUCAGCAUCAUUAUGGAGACGCUGGAGCGGCAUCUGUUUGACUUCAAUAUCAACACACAGGAGGCGCUCGUCAAAGUGGCCGGUCAUGUGGUCAACAGUAAGAGUGGCGUCAAGCUAUUAGCUCAGUAUCCACAUUUGCGCAUCUUUUACACGGGCGUACACAAAUCCGGUUUCCUGAAUUCGGCCAGCAGCAUUCCCUCUAUUGACUGGCUGACCGUGCUCAAGGCCACCCAGCAUCUGGACUAUGAGCCAUGGAUGUGCACGUUUAUGGGCACGUUGUUUAGGGAGUGCAGCUGGCAAGGAUUUGAUGCAUAUGCGAACCAGUCCUUUGACUUUGCCAGUGCCUGUCUGCAGUCAUUUAUGAAAUUAUUGCUUAACAAUAAGGAUCUGCAUUUGGAAAGCUUGUGCUCAAUGCUCGAGCACUUCUUUGAGUGCUCCGCGAAUGCGCCCAAAGAUAUUUACCAGGAUAAGCGUGUCAUCAAGCGAUUCCUGUAUAUAUGCGAAUGCGUACGUGUGGUUAACAAUUGGAGCAUACCCAUUAAUCUUGGGAAUGUGGUCAAGGCAGGCAAUCAUUGCCAAGCUUAUUUUUUGAGCAUUAUGUAUCUGGAAUUGUGGGCCUGCUCGGCUAAUGCGGCGCCAGAUGCAAAUAUCCUAGCAGACGAGAACUUUCAAAUGUCCGCCAAGAUGGCAUAUAAGUCCAUUGGCUGUCUGGAUGCUAUACCCGGCUUUUUAAAUCCUUUGCGCUCCCGCGUCGAUUAUCUCAGCUUGAAUGAUAAUUUGUCUGGCAUUCUGCUGGAAUCGGAUAACCUGGAUGAGCCCAAUAGCGAGAUCUGUAUGGACAUUAUGAAGAGCAAUGGCAUGCUAUCGUUUGCCAAUCUUUACCAGCGUUUUGGCAAAAGCAUGGAAACAGACUAUGAAACACUGUGGCGUCUCAGUCAGUGGGAUGAGCAAAUCGAGGGGCAUCAUAAGGUGAACUGGUCGAACAACUUGGAGCAGGAGUUCAAUAAGCAACACUACAUUGCACUCAAGUCCAUUAGCAAGCGCGAACAGGAGAAUACCGUUUCGGCGAUCAACAAUGCCUAUCAGUGUGUCCAGGAAAUAUUGCGUAACAUUAGCGUAGAGUGUCUACAGUCGGUUUACAAGUAUAUGACCUGGCUGUGCAUGCUGCAGCAGACCGAAGACUUUUGUCAGAUUCAGUUUUGCCAACAAUUGGCUUCAACGCAAAUCAAUGAAGUAUUCGACAAAUGGCAAACGGAACUUAAUCUCGCCUACGGUAGCUUCAGCUGCAAGGAGCAAAUACUCUCCCAUCAGAUAUCGUUAUUCAAAAUGUCCGGGACACGCGCCAAUCGUCGGAUACAACAGUAUUACCAUCAGAGUCCUGUGGACACCUAUCUGCUCAAGUGCAUCGGCGAGUGCAAGGCAGCUGGCAAAUUGAAUUUGGCCACCAAGUAUAUAUCCACGCUGCGUGGUAUGACCGAUAUUACGGAGCCCACAAAGAUCUCUGUGCUGCUGGAGGAUGCGGAUGUGAAUGUGAAGCGUGGCAAUUAUCAGAUUGCCAAGGCCAUAUUGCAUCAUGUGAAUAAAAACGCAGAAUUUCAGUUCUGUCUACAGCGCGUGCCGGCACUGCGAAUGCAGGGUGAAUUCCUGUUAGACUGCAAUGCCGAGAGUUUCGGUUAUACAUUGGAUCAGAAAUUCAAUCAAUCUCUCAAGCUGCUGGAUCACUUCCAGUCGCACCAGGCGCUGCUCAUGGAGAAAUAUCCCAAUAUUUUUGCAUGGGAUACAUUCGAAUCGUUCGAGAAUCAGAAUCGCAAAGCCGCCCACGAGUCCAUAGCCAAGUACGCGGACCGGGAGUAUCAGCGGCUCCAUGAUUAUCGACAAUCACAGGAAUACCAAACGCUCGUCGAUAUCAUACAGCAGAAUCGUCGAUUGGCCGGCACAGUUACUGGCGCUAGGAGGCCUGACUGUGAUCGUGAUCGCCAAAUUGGAGCACUCAAUUUGAAUCGUUUCGCCAAGCUGGAUGAGCAGGAGCUGCGACGCAUCGAUGAUAAUCUAACCGAACAUUUGUGUACAGCAAUCUCACAUUAUAUUAUAUACUGUCAACUGGAUGGCGGCUUCUCCAGCGACGCAAUUUAUCGGAUAAUUGCGCUUUGGUUCACCAAUGAUCAGAACAAAGCGAUGCUGGAGAGGAUCAGGGAGCCAAUUAAAACGGUGCCCAGCUACAAGUUCAUUUGUGCUGUCAGUCAGCUGGCCGGACGACUGAAUUCCAAAAAUGAGGACUUUCACAAGGUGCUCGUCGAUUUAUUGGUGCGCUGCGGCACCGAUCAUCCCCAGCAAACAUUUUACAAACUAUAUCCAUUAGUUUACGCCUACAUGGAUGGCAGCCAUAGCAAUACCCAGCGCGCAGACAUUGCCAAAAGAAUAAUCAAAGAAUGCGGCGAUGCGAAUCCGAUUGCGCUCAAAGCCAGCCGACAGUUCGAGUUCAUGUUUCCAGCGCUAAUUGGCUUCGCCAACACGUAUCUCUCUCCAGGCCCAAAUGGGCGGCCCAAUCCCAAAGUGGUGCCCGACAAGCUUUUGAAGCUGAGCGUACUCAAAAUGGAUUGCAUACAAUGUCCCACAUUGGAGCUGCAAGUCCAGCCCAGCCGGCAAUAUAAUUUAAUCAGCAUCACAAAGUGGACGGGUGAGUACUCGUUUUGUGGUGGCCUCAAUGCGCCCAUUAAGGUAAAGUGCCUCUGCUCGGAUGGCGUGGUGCGUGCUCAGCUGAUCAAAGGCAAGGAUGAUCUGCGUCAGGAUGCUGUUAUGCAGCAGGUGUUUGGCAUUGUCAACGAGCUACUGAACAGCGACUCACAGUUUAUUGAGCGCAAGCUGCAUUUGCGCACCUACAAGGUGACCCCACUCUCAACACGGAGCGGCAUUCUUGAGUGGUGCAGCAAUACCAUACCUGUUGCCUCCUAUCUGGUGGGCGAUGGCACUGGCGGUGCGCACAUGAAAUAUCGUCCGAACGACUGGAACAAUCGUAAAUGUCGUGAUCUGACAGCGGCGGGCCUGAAGAAAUCGCCAGCGGAACGUAGAAAAAUCUAUCACAAUAUUUGCGAGCAUGUGAAGCCAGUCUUUCACUAUUUUCUACUCGAGAAAUUUCUAAUACCGGGCGAAUGGUUUGAGCGGCGUCUGGCAUACAUCAAUAGCGUGGCCACCACCUCGAUGGUGGGUUAUGUUCUCGGCCUGGGCGAUCGCCAUACACAGAAUAUUCUAAUUGAUGAGCAGACCGCUGAAGUGGUGCACAUUGACUUUGGUAUUGCCUUUGAGCAGGGCAAGAUUCAGACAACGCCGGAAACGGUGCCGUUUCGCUUAACGCGCGAUUUUGUUGCACCUAUGGGCGUUUGUGGUACAAACGGUGUUUUUACCAAGUCCUGCGAAGCAAUUAUGCAUAUAUUAAGGCGUUACAAGUCCGUUUUUACCACCAUCUUAGAAGUUCUACUCUACGAUCCACUGUUCAUUUGGGGCGUGCUUUCAAAAGAGCAACAACAACUGCAGUCAAAUGAGGAAUCCAAGAAUUCACUGGCACAGCGUGCCCUAAUACUUGUUAAGUACAAACUGGAAGGUAGGGAGCCGGGUUUAUUGGACAACUCGAAUGUGGAGGCACAGGUGCAGCGUCUGAUAAACGAGGCAACGUUGCCAAGCAAUUUAGCAAUGCUUUAUCAUGGCUGGGACCCAUAUCUGUGAUACACUGGCAUAACAUCACACAUACACACAUUAGCUAGUUAAACUAAAAAUAUACAUAAUUUUGCAAAUUUCAA